AUGACAGCUUCAGAAGACAAAGAUGUUGCGAGCGAAGCUAUUGAGAGUAAGAAGGUGCAACUCUGCAAGCUACCGAAUCUUGACGAGGUUCCUCACGCCAAUUCAAUGGAACAAUUAUUUGCACAAGCCGUACUUUUACAAUUUAAAUGUCUGAAUAAGGAUGUGAGCAUCUCCCAGCUUGCGUUUGACGAUUUAUGUUAUAUUACAUUAUUGCAACUGGAUGAUCUUUUGCAAGGUUUGAAGAAGAUCACGCAGGUGCAGCGGAGGACCAAGAUCUCCAAGCAUGAUUUAGAACUUUAUUUCAAGGGUGUUGAUAUGGAUUUAUCUGCGCUAAAUGAGCAAGUCGAUAUUUCGAACCAUAUCCACAAGACGUUCCCAAAGGAAACUCAAAAGUUGAAUGAAAACGUGGACAAGGUAAUGAGCAAGUUCAUGACAGAGUUAGAAGAAACCGAACUCUUGAGCUCUAAGCAUUCAGAAUUUUUCGUGCAAGAUGUGGACAUUCUUAAUCUAUUAUCGACUAGUAAGAAAUCUAAUAAGUGUUUCCCUGACUGGUUACCGGAACUACCGCCCGACCAUACUUACAAGUUUACAUCUCUAUACAAGAGGCCAAUUACAGACGAGAGAGUCAUGAAGGAAAAACUACUUGAAGAAGGACGGCGUUCAGAAAAAGCUUUGAUAAAAAUGUUAAACGAAGCUGGUGUUAAUGAAGACCCGCUGUCGGAGCAAGACAACAUCGCUCUUACGGACCAAUUGAACGAAAGUCAACUCGAGACUGCGUUGAUAUACGGGUUGGAUGAAACCAAGUCUUCGAAGAAGGAAGAACUAGAGUCAUUUAAACCGCUACCACUCAAAAACUUUGACGUGUCCGAAUACUGCUUGAAAAGGCAAAGUAUACUGAAACGGAGAGCCGAAAGACUCGAAUCCAAAGCAUUAAAUAGAAAACGAAACCCAUUCAUUCGAGCAGCAGCAAUUUGCUCACCAUAUGGACAAGGAAGCAUUAAGUCCAGAAAAUCAGUCGAAAAUCAAUUGAAAACCAUGUUAAAACGUAGUUAUGUGGGGUUGAUUCAUUCUAUACCGAAACUCAAAGAAGAGCGCGAAAAGGCAAGAAAAGAAGCAGAAGAAAAGGAGAGGCAAUUACAAGAACAGAGAAGGUUAGAAAAGGAAAAGAAAAUGACUGAGCAAGAGGUUCUUGAUCUAAAUAACUUGCAAAAUGACCCAUUGAUUGGCUGGGAUAACGAUGAUAGCGACGACGAUGACGACGACAACAUUGAAUUCGACGACGUAAAGCAAAAUACAACUCAAAACGCAUCAUCAACGCUAGGGUCGGAACAGCAUACCAAACAGCAAUCUGAAGAGCCAGCAACGGAUGCCUCCGAGUUGCCCUCCUCGCAACUGAAUGAAGAGCAAAAAGACGCUAAACUCAACCAUUGGCCUUCAGAAUCUGCUCCAUCUUUGACACCAACCCAACUGGCAGAUGAAUCUUCACAACCCGAUGUAGAAAAUGACACCCACCAUGAAGGUGAGACCCCCAAUGAGAAGGAACAGUCAAGCAUACCUAGUCAAGUUGGGAGCUGA